AUGAGCGCAAGGCUGAUUACGGGGAAGAACAAUUUGUCAAUGAAAUGCGGCGAGAAGCUGUACCUUGACUCGGAAACAGCCGACGUUAAAUUUGUGAUUCAAACCAAUGCCAUUCUUACCAUAGAGACCAGCGUUCCUGCCCACAAAAACAUUCUCUCCGUGGGAAGUCCAGUGUUUAAAGCCAUGUUUUAUGGUCCAAUGAAAGAAAAGGGUGACGUCAAAAUCGUUGAUACAUCUCCCAACGGAUUCAAAGAGUUUUUACAGUUCUUCUAUCUGGAAAAAGUUCAAUUGACUUCCCACAACAUCAUUAGCGUCAUGAAAUUGUGUCACAAGUACGAAGUGGCUGAUGGUUUGACGUUCUGCGAAAAAGUAUUGCAGAAGAUACUAACCAUCAAUGAUAUGUGCUCUGCUUAUGAAUUGGCCCGUCUUCUUGAUUUAAAAAGCACCAUCAUAUUCUGUAAGCAAAAGAUCCAACUUAAUCCGGAAGGAAUACUAAAAUCAGACGAUUUCUUGAAAUGCAAUUCAACAAUACUGGACAAAAUCCUGGAACUGGUGUCAUCAAUUCAGUCCAAUCAGUGCAGUCCAUCGACAAUCGUUGACGCAAGCAUGGCAUGGGCCAAAGCUGAAUGUGUUCGAAAUGAGUUGCAAGGAACGCCAUCCAAUUUAAGAGCACAGCUCAAUGAUUCAUUCCAUCGAAUUCCAUUCUCAGACCUGAGCAAAGAACAGUUUUCACAACAUGUUAGCAGCUAUAAACGAUUUUUUAACGAAGACGAUCUGAAAUCAAUCAUGACUAAAAAAAUAAGCAUUUCGCGUUGUUGUGAUUUACCAUAUUUUUUGUAUUCUUUGCCAUUUGAAUGUACUCUUACGCUGGAUGCUCGAUUGGUUUUGAAGGAAAUACACUUUGUCAAAACACCUCUUUGCACCUCUCGGGCCACAGAUUACAAUGUUAAGGCUGCAAUCACUUUGCGUAGACGAAAAGACGAUCAACCAUUGCUAUUGGGGAACGUAAACAUUUCGUCUACCAUCGGUGCGAAAUUAAUUGUUCCAGUUCAAGUUGUUAUCGAUCAAAAUGAAGAAUAUAUCCUGACAAUUGACAGCAAAAGGCGCUUAGAAUAUAUUUUGGAAAAAACAAGUAUUUUCAAGCAAAACGACGUUGAGCCAACCCCAGUGAUCAUUUCAAAAAGAGAUGAAUAA